AUGGUGCUCAACAACACGCCAAAGAGCAGAUCUACGAGAUCGCAGGGUCAUUAUACUCGGCAACAACAGCCUUCAUUUUCACUCAGCUCGGUUGUUAACAGCGACCCAAAGUACAUUGCAUCAAACAACCGGCUUACAGAAGCCUGGGUUCGGGAACAGCAAGCCACGUUUCCCGCCAACCUCAUCAAACUUAGGACCGAGGCCAAAGUCACAGAGCACCGUGUCCAGCAUAUUUAUCAAAUCGGAGAAGAAGUUACCGAGAAUCUCGCAGCUUUUGGGGUUUCAACCAAAUAA